ACAUAAAUAAGAUUUCAGUGCUUUGAAAUUACUUAUCAUUUGUAAUCUUUUGCUCGACACCCAUUACACCCACUGCAAACAUGAAAAAUAUUUACUUUUUCUGCGCUUACUUCUUCAAUUUGUUGGUAAUAUUAUAUGCAGUAGGGCCUGCAAAAUCAGGUUGCUUAGAAAACGAAAAAGCUCUUGCUUUACUCGAAACAGCUGAAACUUUUCUGACGAAAGCACGAUACAAUUAUCCUUCUUGCAAAAAGAAUUUAAAUUCUACAAACGAAACAGAUUGUGAUAGUGAGAAAUCUUUGGCUUAUAUCGAAAUUUCAAAGAAGCUGAUUUCCGAUGUAAGAGAAAACUUCCCAUCAUGUUUCAAGCCUACUGUAGAUGACGAUCAAGAUGACGUAAAAGAGGAGAAAUACAUUAACUGCUCUGAAAUUCUUGCAAAUGGAUGCAAAAAAAGUGGAGUCUACACAAUAUGGCCGAAGGAUUUUCCGGCAGAAAAAUCGUUGAAAGUCUAUUGCGAUAUGGAGACAGAGGGUGGAGGAUGGACGGUGAUCCAAAGAAGAGGAAAAUACCCAGUUCAACAAGAUUUCAAUCUGGAUUGGGAAAGCUAUAGGAAUGGUUUCGGAAACUUAACGCAAGAGUUUUGGUUAGGUAAUGAAAACAUUCGUCUUUUGUGUCUGAAAGGAUGCAAAAUACGUUUCGAUCUCCAAUAUGAAGGAGGUACUGUUUAUUUCGCAGUUUAUCAGAACUUUAAGUUGGCUACCAACAAUUACCGCAUUGAUAUCAGUGGUUACUCAGGAAAUACAACUGACGCAAUGCAGUAUCAUAAUAAAUAUGAAUUUUCCACAAAAGACAGAGACAGCAGUGGCAGAGCUAAGGCAUAUCAUUCAGGAUGGUGGCUCGGAAAUUCCUACAUUACUAACUUAAACGGCAUCUACCAACCAGGUGGAAAUGGCGUACAAUACGUUUACUGGUGGAAAUAUAGCGGUGAUUAUAACAAUUUGGCAUCCGUGGAGAUAAAAGUGAAGCCAAACUAAACCGAAUCCGCAAUAUGUGAAAAACAUCAAUGUGUUUGUAUUCAUGUAGAUGCUUAUUGUUAUGCUAUAAUGUUCUUAAAUCAAUAAAACUGUCUUAUUUUGUAUUUUUGUAUUAAAACAGA